GACGGCGGCGCAUCUAUGUGGUCCGCCUGACACUUGAUCGAGGGGAGAGAUGCGCCCUUAACAGCCGCUGUGAAGAAGGGAAGGAAGGAAGGGAAGGGCACAGGGAACACAUGAAGCUCUCCUCAUACUCUCACCAACCUUACUCUGCUUUUGGACUUGGCACAUUUUCUUUACCUUCGUGCACACAUUUUAUGUUUUGCUGUGGAAGAAAACCUAGAACUGAUUUCUUAUCAACUGCGUAAAAAUAAGAAGACCACACAUUGUUGACGGGCUUUAUGUUGCGCGCUGGUUCUCUCUCUCUCUCUGUCUCGUCAUUGGAGCGACGCACUUGAUAGGAAUAUUGGAAACACAGACGGCUUCGUCGGAUACCACGGUCAAAUCGGACAAGAAUGGAGUGGGUUGUGGACUUUGGAAGCUAGUAAUGACAAUCUAUGAGGACAUCCAUCUUUAAAGAAAGAACUGAUUUUUUCAUGGAUACUGAUAAAAUGUGCUCACGAUAAGUGCACUGUGGUAUAAUACCAUACCAUUAUUUUUUUCCCCCUUUAUCCCUCCUCCCACCUUUUUGGGUUUGCCUGACAACACAGCCUUGGCCCUGAACCCUGACACCCACUGGCAACAUUGAGUGAUUGGUCAUUACAUCCAAGGGCGUCGACAUAGCAAGGGGGAAAAAAAAAAAAAAAGCCUGUAGGGAGCUCUGCUGCAGCUGGUUGUGGCAGGGGCGGUGAGUCAAUCGCCUCUUCAGAUAUAACAAAUGAUUCAUUAUUUGUAAAGUUAACAGCCCAGACCACUUAAUUUACAAGGACCAAUUUCUUACUGGAGGGAAACGGUGCAAUAUGAAGGACGCGUCUUUUGUGGAUCGUCUCUUUAUCGGCUUGGCCAUGGCCUCUUUUGUUGUGGCCACUGAGGAUAGGUCUGAUUGCCCGAAGCUCUGCGUGUGUGAGAUUAGACCCUGGUUUUCUCCUAGUUCGGUGUACAUGGAGGCACAGACAGUUGACUGUAAUGACCUGGGACUCUUUAGUCUCCCGGAAAAAUUACCAGUGGGGACACAAGUGCUACUAUUGCAAACAAACAAUGUGGUAAAGAUUGACAAGCCACUGGAUUACUUGACCAACAUAACAGAGAUUGAUUUAUCACAAAACAACGUACCCUCUAUCAGCGACGUUCACCUGGGAAAACUUCCUCAGCUGCUCUCCCUUCAUAUGGAGGAGAAUUUGAUACGAGAGUUGCCGGAACGAUGUCUGGUGGAGUUGGCUAACCUUCAGGAGCUUUACAUGAAUCACAACCUUAUUUCCUCCAUUUCUCCGAUGGCUUUCCAGGGUCUGACCAACCUUGUGCGGCUCCAUCUCAAUUCUAACAAGCUGAUGUCCAUUAACAGAGAGUGGUUCGAACCCAUGCCAAACCUGGAGAUCCUGAUGAUUGGUGAGAAUCCGGUCCUUUCCGUUGAUAAUAUGAAUUUCAAACCUCUCAGUAAUCUCCGCAGUCUUGUUCUCACCAGAAUGAAUCUGUCACAGCUUCCCGAUGAUGCUUUGGCUGGUCUUGACAACUUGGAAAGUAUUUCUUUCUAUGACAACAUCUUCCCGGAGGUGCCUCAUUCUGCGCUGCGAAAUGCAAAAAAUCUCAAGUUCUUGGAUCUUAAUAAAAACCCAAUUGCAAGGAUACAGAGAGGGGACUUUGUGGACAUGCUUCAUCUGAAAGAGCUGGGAAUUAAUAGCAUGCCAGAGCUAGUUUCAAUCGACAGCUUUGCUCUCAAUAACCUCCCUGAGCUGACUAAAAUAGAAGCCACCAACAAUCCCAAACUCUCCUACAUCCAUCCUAAUGCUUUCUACAAACUACCACGACUUGAAACGUUAAUGCUGAAUGGCAAUGCACUCAGUGCCCUCCACAGGAUUACUGUUGAGUCUCUCCCAAAUCUCAGAGAGGUUAGCAUGCACAGCAACCCAAUCCGGUGUGACUGCGUAGUCCGCUGGAUGAACAUGAACAAGACCAACAUUAGGUUCAUGGAGCCUGAUUCUUUGUACUGUGUCGAGCCACCAGAGUAUGAGGGCCAACAUGUCCGACAGGUGCACUUCAGGGAGAUGAUGGAGAUUUGUCUGCCACUCAUCUCUCCUGAAAGUAUGCCCGGGCAUAUUAAAGCACAGAAUGGAAGCUCGGUGUCACUCCAUUGCCGGGCUUUUGCUGAACCAGAGCCAGAUAUCUACUGGAUCACCCCUUCUGGUAUCAGAGUCUUGCCUAAUACUGUGUCUGACAAGUUCUACAUGCACCCAGAGGGAACUUUUGACAUCUACGAUGUAACAGAAAAAGAAGCCGGUCUUUACACUUGUGUUGCCCAUAAUCUGGUUGGAGCCGAUCUUAAAACUGUUUCAGUAGAGGUGAAUGGAUAUUUCCCACAAUCUGCAAACGGAUCUCUAAAUGUUACAGUCAAGUCAGUGGGGACAAAUUCGAUCUUGGUGUCUUGGAAGGCUGGCCCUGGCACGCUAGCUCCUAAUAUUAAAUGGUACACUAUGGCCAAGCCCACCCAUCCAACUACGGCAUUUACCACCAGGGUUCCAUCUGACGUUAAAGCCUACAACCUCACCCAUCUCAGCACCGCCACGCAGUACAAAGUCUGCGUGGAAGUCCGCAGCAUCCACUAUAACCAUGACACCAAAUGUGUUAAUGUCACCACGAAGGGAUUAGAACUGGCAGUCAAGGACAUAGAAAAAUGGGAUGCAGCAGUAAUCACCAUCUUCGGUGUGCUUUUGGCUAUGAUUUCAGUGGCCUGCUUGCUUAUUUAUGUGUCUCUGAGGAAUCACCACCUAUAUGGGCAUAUUAGGAAAUGCGACUCCAAAGCUAUGCUGACACCAGUGGAAGCUAUCGGUACGCACUCUCCUUUCUUUACAAAGCUGUGGGUUUCUGGUAAGGGACUGCCAAGUGGAGUGGAAGUAAAAGCCACAGUCAUUAAUGUAUCUGACAAUGCCUUUUAAGAAGUCCAUCUUUGUAGAUGAACACACAGCAACUACACUAAAUGGACAAGGCCAUGGGUAUGGGUGGACAAAUCUCUAGUACUGCUUCAAAGGCAUACCCAUCGCUGGUCCCUUGGCUCAGAUACACUGGCAAAACUAUUACCGGACUGGGAUUGAACAUUUUAAAAUAGACAACGUGCUCUCCCAGUUUCAACUCUAGCUGAAGUGGUGGCUUUGUAACCGUUUCAUCAAACCAAGCUAACAUCAUCAGGAAGGGGCAUUUAUUGCAAAAAGUUAUGUUUCAGUACCAUUCACACAGAAAUGCAGGCAGAGAACAGAAAGUGAAGAUGAUGUUGAUGGUCAACUCUCUUGUAAUUGACUGUUAAAUGUGUUCAGAGUUGUGGAACUGUCCGUGUGGUCCCAAGCAAUACCGUCUGUGCUUUGUCAAACAUCCAUAGACGAGUUAGAGAUACAGUAAUAACACCUGUCUAUUAUGGGAAGGGAGAUUUAGUAGAGUAGACAAAUAACAGUGACUAUGGUGUACGCCUUUUGAUGAAAUAUACCCCGUUUUUCUAUUUAAAGAUGGGUUCUUGAUUUUUCAUGGAAAUAUUGUUAUAUAUUCUAUUAUGUUGAUGUAAUGACAAAUCCUCUGUAUCAGAACCGCUUAAAUGGGUUUUAAAUUAAGGCAAGCAGCAGACUACUUUUGAUUAAGCUUAAUGAAAUUCAGCUCCAGAAAGGGUAUCUAGAGAGGACAUUUGCCAAAUGGCUGUUUAUGCUGUGUAGUUCUCAUUGCACCAGUGACUUGGAAAUAAUGUGGAUGUGUUGGACAGAAACAAAUAUAACAGGUCAAUUAAAGCUGAGGUGACUGACACACUAUCUCCUCAAGAACUGGUCUGUUAUGCCCUGGUAAGUGCCUACAACAAGAACUACAUGAGGUAAACAGAGAAGAAACUGAAGAAAUUUGUCAGACACAGCAAAACAAGGCCAUGCCAUCAUUGCAGAAUCACAAGCUAUUCUCCGGUAAUUUUAGUGAAAUACUUUCUCAGUAUUUUUAGCAUACAUAUUUUAAGAAAACAUUUCGUUGUUGCUUUGGGUGUAAAGUUAAAAAGCCAUUUUUAUAUUUACUGUAUUAUAUGUGAUCAAUGGGCACAACAGACUAAUUAAGAAAAGUGCUAAGAAAAAAUAAAUGUCAUUGUUUCUUUUACAAACAAGUGAGUACUUUUUCUCUUGUUUUUUUUUUUUAUGUUUGUCAUACCAUAACAUGUUGUUUUUCUAUGUGUUGUCAUCCAAAUGUGAGCCAUGUGAAAUGUGGGACUUGUAUCUGUCUGUUUACUUUUAAAUACGGGACAAAAAUAUUGAGAGUGAAUAACUGGUACAGAACAAGUAAACCGUUCACAGGGGAAAAGUCAAGAGACUUCAGAUGAAUGAUUGAAUGGUUGUCCUCACCCUGGGAAGAAAAGAGAGAGGGAGGAAAAAAAAACACAGCAACAAAAAAGAACUCAUUAGCCGCCUCAUUAAGAACAUGUUCGUCCUUCAGCUGGUCUGAAUAUAGCCACAGUCACUAUGCUACAGCUGCUGCUUGUACUUAGACAGGGACACAACGUCCCCACGACAAAGAGAUAAAGUACAGUACAGUAAAGUCACACAGGGUGAGAGAGAGCAGAGUGAGCUUUAGACUCACAUUUUAUUUGUCUUAGUGAAUUAUCCAGCACACAGAACAUUUCACAUGAGAAAGCCAAGCAAGAUGAAUGGUUGUCAGAAGGAGAGUGACAUGGUGGAUUUAUCAAACAGGGUCUGACGCUCAUACAUCAGACCAGCCUUCAGCACCAUGGACAGAGGCUUUUAGAGCCAAGCCAUCUGUCAAAGACAAAGGGAGUUAAAAUAUGAUGUGGCGUUCUCCUCAGGUAAUGCUCAGGUCACGCUGAGUCUGUCUCACUGCAAAUAUAGGCAUGAAUACAAAUGCACAAACAGCCAUGGUGGAGCUUAAAUGCACAUAUGCACAAA